AACACUCCACGCCUCCCCUAUUAUACACUCACGCAGUCCUUUCUACAUUCUUCCUCUUUCACUUUCCUUUCCCUCUUUGCAAUAAACCUCCUUUCGCUUACAGGGAAAACCGCUUCUCUUUAUCUUAGCGGUUUUCCGGUUCGCUUCUCCGGAUCCGUGGUUUUGUUUAUUUUUUGUUAUAUAAGGUCAGGAAUUGGGUUUUGAAGCUCGGUAAUGGCUGGAGAGAAGAUUAUAGAAAAAUCUGAAGCGGUUGCUCCUGGGCUGAAAUCUGAUUCCUCUACCAAACUGACCGAGAAGGAUUUGGUUUCAAAAAAUGAUGGAAAAGUAUCUGACUCGGUGUCUUCUUUGGGAGCUGUGACUGGCAUCAAGGGUGAAAUUGAUCAACCACCAGUUGCAGAGCAAGGUGCUUAUUAUCCACCUACUAGCUAUUGCGAUUACUACUACCCAGGAUAUAAUGGGACCUAUAAUCAGUUAGAUGAUCAAGCAUACUUUAAUUCGGGCGUUCAGUCAGAAAAUGGUUCCCUUCUUUAUUACAUGCCUGGUUAUAAUCCUUAUGGUGCUGGAUAUAUCGGAGGUGACGGAAAGCAGCCCUAUCUAUCGUCUGGAUAUCUUCAGCAACCUGUCUCAUAUGGUUCGGAUUCCAUGCCAUGUUAUUCAUGGGGUGGUUCGACGUACUGUGCAGAUAUCACCAAUAGUGCUGCUCCCAAAUCCGGCAAUGUCAAAUCAACUUUUGGACGAAAUGGUUCGGUGAGAUCAAACGGUUUUAAUCCAACAAAAACGAAUGGUUCUUUCUCGAGCAAAAACUCGACCAUGCUUUUUAACCCAAAGAAUCGACCGUCUACUGCCAUAUCAAAUCCACCAAAGUCUAUCCAUCAAGCUCAGCCUUUUAAUCCUGCGAACAAGUCUGAUGUCCAGUCCGGAGGCCUGACAAAGGGGUAUCAUAUGGUUGGGGACUUCCCAUCAUACAGCAGUCAAAAUCAAGGGUUUUUCAUGCCUUAUGAUCCCAUUCACUAUCAAACAAACAGUAGAUUGUGGAAUGGGAACUAUAGGGGUAAACCACGGGGAAAUUUCACCAGAAAUGGUGUGUUUGAGGCAUCGAAUGAGUUACCUCGUGGUCCCCGUGCCAACAGCAGGAGCGCCCCUUCAAAACCAUCUGCUGAGGAGGAUCAGCUUGAGCCAACAAUUCAGAGGGAGAAGUAUAACAAGGAGGAUUUUAAGACUCAGUAUGAUAAUGCAAAGUUUUACAUUAUCAAGUCGUACAGUGAAGAUGAUAUUCACAAGUGUGUCAAAUAUGCUGUAUGGUCAAGUACUCCUAAUGGAAACAAGAAAUUGGACACUGCGUUCCUUGAUGCUGAGGGUAAAGCAAGUGGAACUGAUUCAAGCUGUCCAGUGUUCCUCUUCUUUUCAGUAAAUGGAAGUGGACAGUUUUUAGGUGUAGCUGAGAUGGUUGGGCAGGUUGACUUCAACAGAAACAUGGACUUUUGGCAGCUUGAUAAGUGGAGUGGGUUCUUCCCAGUGAAGUGGCACAUAGUUAAAGAUGUCCCUAACACACAGUUCAGGCACAUCAUCCUCAAAAACAAUGAUAAUAGACCUGUAACCUAUAGCAGAGAUACUCAGGAGAUUGGUUUGAAGGAAGGUUUGGAAAUGCUUAACAUACUUAAGAACUACUCGGAGAAGACAUCUAUAUUGGAUGAUUUCAAUUUCUAUGAGAAGCGUGAGAAAGUGCUCAAGGCUAAAAGGAGUUCAAAACCAGCUAUUCAAGCUGAUGUAUUUGAGAAAGCUGAUUCUGUUAGGCAAUUCAAAGGAGGAGAUAAGGUACGCGAAGAGGAGCUAAAGAGCAACUCGACUGAUCCAACUGCAUCUCUCGUUUCUCUUGCCAAAAAUCUAUCGAUUAAUUCGAGGCCAUUCAAAAGUAGUGUCUGAAUCAUAGAUUGCCUCCAAGAGGCAUAGGUAGUCCUGAAGCAUCAAACGUGUCCCUGUUUCUUCUUUUUGUGUUUAAUUAGCUUUAUAGGCAUACACUCUUCCCGUUGUGGGCUAUUGGGAUAAGCUUUACUUGCUAGUCUCUUUUGUUAGUUUUGCCUCAUCUUUAAGAAAAGGGAAAGGGUUGUGUUUCUUUUCUGUUGACCUUGCAGUGUUUGUUUACUUCCAAAGAUCUCUGCUUCUGUCAGAUAUUUGCAUUAUUGAUUAUGUUAAAGAAAAAGUUGAUCCCCCCGCA